AUGCGCACGCCAGACCCCUUUGGGGACGAGAAUCGCUCGCCUUUGCAUCCCAAUCCUCAGCACAUGAACAGCUACAACAAUCGAACCCCAUCCCCAGGAAAUGCCUAUCAGCUGGAGGACAACCCUUACGCACAACAUUCACACAACCCAUAUGGCGAGCGUUUGCAUAUGCCCUCGGCUGAUCAGCUUGCCUCUCAACCAACCUACUCCGUCGAGAAUGUCCCACACUCUGGCUACCAAAAUCCUUACGCAGACCCCAGCAAUCCCGAUCGUCGUGAAGACUACGCAUUCGACCCCAAUGCUCACCACGACGCCUACCUUCCUGGCGAGUAUGUGUCGCAUCCGCCUCAGGCUCAACCUUAUCAUGACGAGUACGACUAUGACCUCGGCCAGCAUCCUGAAGGCCGUUCCCCAUUUGAUGAACACCCUGGUGCCCCCAUGUUGGAGCACGAUAACCCCUUUGGGCCGGACCCGUAUAAGGAGGAAUUCGAAGAUGAGCCGCGCCCAACGCCUAGUCCCGCUCCUAUUCGACGCUGGAAGACUGUCAAGGAGGUCCAAUUGUUCAACGGCAAUCUCGUCCUUGAUUGUCCGAUCGCGCCUAAACUCUUGAGCCAGAGCCCCCCCGGUCGUGACGAGUUCACUCACAUGCGUUAUUCGGCUGCUACUUGUGACCCCGCGGACUUUUUCGACGAGCGAUUUACACUGCGCCAGAAGCUUUUUGCCAAGCCCCGUCACACUGAGCUUUUCAUCGUCGUCACCAUGUACAACGAGGAUGACUUCCUUUUCGCGCGCACCAUGUCUGGUGUUUUCAAGAACAUUGAUCACAUGGUGUCGCGUACCAGCAGCAAGACCUGGGGCAAGGAUGCUUGGAAGAAGAUCGUGGUCUGUAUUAUCAGCGAUGGUCGUGCUAAGAUCAAUCCCCGUACUCGCGCCGUGUUGGCUGCUUUGGGUGUCUACCAGGACGGAAUUGCCAAGCAGCAGGUCAAUGGCAAGGAUGUCACCGCUCACAUUUACGAAUACACGACCCAGAUUGGCUUGGAAGUUAAGGGUACACAAGUUCAUAUGAAGCCACGCUCGGGCCCACCUGUCCAGUUGAUCUUCUGUCUGAAGGAAAAGAACCAGAAGAAGAUUAACUCCCAUCGGUGGUUCUUCCAAGCAUUUGGUCGAGUCUUAGAUCCCAAUAUUUGUGUUCUCCUCGAUGCCGGUACUAAGCCUGGUAAGGAUUCGAUCUACCACUUGUGGAAGGCCUUCGACAUUGAGCCUAUGUGCGGUGGUGCCUGCGGAGAGAUCAAGGUCAUGUUGUCACACGGUAAAAAGCUCCUGAAUCCUCUAGUCGCUGGUCAAAACUUCGAGUACAAGCUUAGCAACAUUUUGGAUAAACCCUUGGAGUCUGCCUUCGGUUUCAUCACCGUCUUGCCUGGUGCCUUCUCAGCCUAUCGUUACGUUGCUUUACAAAACGACAAGAACGGCCAAGGUCCUCUCGAGCGAUACUUCAUGGGUGAGAAAAUGCAUGGUGCAAAUGCCGGUAUCUUCACAGCCAACAUGUAUCUGGCCGAGGAUCGUAUCCUUUGUUUCGAGAUUGUCUCGAAGCGAAAGUGCCGCUGGUUGCUGCAAUACGUCAAGUCAUCCACUGGUGAAACCGAUGUUCCCGACCGCAUGGCCGAGUUCAUUCUGCAGCGUCGUCGUUGGCUGAACGGUAGUUUCUUCGCUGCCGUCUACGCCAUUACCCACUUCUACCAGAUCUUCCGCAGUGACCAUAGUUUCCUGCGCAAGUUCGCUCUCAUGAUCGAGUUUAUCUACCAAACGAUCGCGAUGAUCUUCGCGUGGUUCGGUAUCGGUAAUUUCUUCCUUGUCUUCCACAUCCUGACAACCUACCUUGGUAGCGAUGAACUUCUGGGCACCGCUGGAAAGGUAUUGGGUAUCGUUUUCGAAUGGCUUUAUCUUGCAACUCUGGUCACUUGUUUCGUGCUUGCUCUCGGCAACCGACCUGGUGGAUCUAACAAGUUUUAUAUGACCAUGGUCUAUUUCUGGAUCUUCAUCAUGAUAUACCUGUCAUUCGCGGCCAUUUUCGUUACUGUGAAGUCCAUUCAGACUGAGGUACAGUCUGACGGGUUCUCGGUCACCGAUUUGUUCACCAACAAGACUUUCUUCUCUAUCAUCGUGUCACUUGGUUCGACCUAUGUGAUGUGGUUUGUGGCGUCCUUCAUUUUCAUGGACCCCUGGCACAUGUUCACCUCGUUCAUCCAAUAUAUCCUGCUGACCCCGACCUACAUCAACGUCCUCAACAUCUACGCCUUCUGUAACACCCAUGACAUUACCUGGGGUACCAAGGGUGACGACAAGGCUGAGAAACUCCCAUCCGCGAACUUGAAGCCUGGCGGCAAGGUUGAUGUCAACAUUCCCCAGGAUGACGGCGAUCUCAACGCGCAGUACGAAGCCGAAUUGGUGAAGUUUUCCAUGAAGCCACCCAAGGAAGUACAGGUUAUCUCCGAAGAAGAGAAGCAGGCCGACUACUACAAGGGAUUCCGAAGUGCCGUCGUGUUGGCAUGGGUAUUCUGCAACUUUGCCCUGGGUGCCGUUGUGCUGAGCGCAGCUGGUCUGGAAACGUUUGAUGAUAAGAGCAGCAGCAGUGACAGCGAGGAUUCUACUCAAACCAAGAAAUCCCUUAUCUACAUGGAGGUUGUGCUGUGGUCUGUCGCUGGUCUAUCGAUGUUCAAGUUCUUCGGUGCAAUGUGGUACUUGGUUGUUCGGAUGUUCCGAGGUGUCUAA